GCAUGUCCAUGCGCAUGCGUCCUUCUACUCUCUUGCCGCCGCUCUGUAGGCGCUACCGUUCCCCCCUCUCCUCUUUUCUCCACGCGAGGGGGUGCGUGUACGCCUAGUCGUGAUCGCGCGCUCAGCCCCUUUCCUACUCUUGUGGCCCCCUCACCAUGGCGGGCAUCCUGUUUGAGGAUAUUUUUGACGUGAAAGACAUUGACCCGGAGGGCAAGAAGUUUGACCGAGUGUCUCGCCUGCAUUGUGAGAGUGAAUCUUUCAAGAUGGACCUCAUCUUAGAUGUGAACAUUCAGAUUUACCCUGUAGACUUGGGUGACAAGUUCCGGUUGGUCAUAGCCAGUACCUUGUAUGAAGACGGCACCUUGGAUGAUGGUGAAUACAACCCCACCGAUGACAGGCCUUCCAGGGCUGACCAAUUUGAGUACGUAAUGUAUGGGAAAGUGUACAGAAUUGAAGGAGACGAAACUUCUACCGAAGCAGCGACACGUCUCUCUGCCUAUGUGUCCUAUGGGGGCCUGCUCAUGAGGCUGCAGGGUGAUGCCAACAACCUGCAUGGAUUUGAAGUGGAUUCCAGAGUGUACCUGCUGAUGAAGAAACUGGCCUUCUGAACCACCCCGGAAACCAGCCUUGCAGCUUAGUCUCUCAGGCCGUGGACAUUCAUCAAGCCUGAGUGGCAGCUGCUGUUGUUCGCCUGUUCAGGAGGUGCUGGCUCUCUGUCCGUUGUGGCUGCAUCUUUAGGUGUUCUGGACUCAAUGGGAAACUGACUUGCCUGUGAAAGACCCAGUGGGAGAGCUUAAAAUGAAUCAGAAGUUUUGCGUAUAUGAUUUUUUAAUUAAACUUUACUUUUUCAGACA